AUCAACGAGCGAGACCCACCCCGGGGGGCGUGUACUUUACGUUUUAUUGGCUCUUACUGCUGUCUGUCAUUGUUUUGUUAAAUGCUCAUUGGUUGGCUAGCUGUGUAGGUGGGUAUUUUUAAAUCCGCCUUCCUAUUGGCUCCUCUUACUGUCAAUCAGCAAUCCUUGCCUUCCCAUUGGCUGGCGUUUGGCGGGAGAGGGAAGUUCGCUGUGUCCCUGUAUCCCCGAAUCCCGAUCCCCAUCCCCUGUUCCCGAUCCCGAUCCCCGAUCUCUGUCCCCGAUUCCCGAUCCCCGGUUCCCGAUCCCGGAUCCUGCGGCCAUGGAGCGGCAGCAGGAGCUGAAGGUGCUGCUGAAACGCUGGGAAGCGGAAUUUCUGCGGGAACGGCAGCGGAAACCCAGCCAGGCUGACAUCGAGGAAGCUCCAGAGGAAACCCGGAAGCUCUACAAGGAGUACAAGAUGCUGAAACAGCAGGGAAAAACAUUGGAUUCCUCGGGAAAAACGGGAUCCCAGGAAAUCCCAAAUGUGGAGCAGGUGGCGGAUUCGGGAUUUUGGGGCUCCCACCUGAACCGGGCACCAAAAAUUCCCGGGAAAAGCCAGAGCAGGAGCGCCAGACCAGGAAUUUCAGCAGAAUUUUACGGGAUGAAGCUCAAAGCCAAACUGGGAACGACUGGGAAGGAGCCUCCUCUGACCCCUCGGAGGACCCCAAAUCCCAGAAGAAUCCCAAAAAUUCCCCAAUCCCAAAAAAACCCGGAGUGCGGAGCCGAAGCUUCACCAGCGGAGCCAUCACAGAAUGAAGGAAAAUCCGAAAAUCCCGAAAAAUCCGGAGAUUCCGAGGAAUUUGAAGACCUCGUCCUUCCUCCCUUGGUGCCGGGAUUGGGUCCCCUCAAGCUCCCGACGGGAAUAAAUCCCAGUUUUCCUUCCAUUCCCGAAAAAUUCCAGCAGCUGAAGCAGAGGGUGGCCCAAACUUUGGGAUCGCUGGAUCCCGGCUGGAUCCAGAGGUGCCAGGAAUCCCCUAAAAAAUGGGAAUUCCCAGCUGGAUCCGUGACGGAAAAAGAGGAAAUCCAGCCCGAAUCCAUUGGGAAUUCCGUGAGGAAAAGGCCCCGGGAAGGUGGAGGCACCGGGGAGGCUCCGGCCAAGCUCCGGAGGGGCCUCCAAGGAUCUGAUCCAGGAAUUUUUGGGAUGAGGCGAAUCCAGAAGGAAAAUGGGGAUGAGGGAGAGUGGCCGGAAUCCCAAAAUGGAGCUGGGAAGGCACCGGAACGCUUGGAAAAAAUCCUGGAAGAGGAGAAAAAACCCAAACCCACACGCAGAACCCGAGUCCAGCCCCGAAACGGCGGGAAUUUCGUCCUCCUCAACCUGAAGAGAAAAACGUAUUCCCGUGGAAACCUGAGGGGAAAAUUCCUUCGGAAACGGAUUUGGAAACAGAAAUGGAGGAAAAAGUUCGGGGCCGGAUCCGAUCUUUGCUUCCGGUGUGGCGGGAAAGGCCACUGGGCCUCGGAAUGCCCAGGGAAGGAUUUGGGAUCGUUCCAGGAGGAAAUUCCGGAGGAGGAGGAGGAAGCGCUUCCCACUCUGGAAGAAGUGGCCCGAAGGACCAACGGCGUUUUUAUGCCGGAGAUUCCCGAUGGUGGCUCCAGUGCAGAAAAUUCCCAGAUCACCCCAAAUUCCCAGGAUUUCCUUCAGCCGGAAUUCUCCCCCCCAUCCCCUCCUCCACCCCCUGUGGAUCCCCUUUACCCCCCAAACCCCGACGGGACAAUCCCAGAUCCUCCAGAAGAAGUCCUGGAAACUCUGAGAAUUUUGGGAUAUGAUUCCUUCCGGCCUGGCCAGGCCGAAGCCAUCAUGAGGGUCCUUUCCGGAAUCUCCACGCUGGUGGUGUUAUCCACAGGGAUGGGCAAAUCCCUGUGCUACCAACUUCCCGCUUUUCUCUACCACCGACAUUCCGGCAGCGUCUCCCUGGUCAUUUCCCCUCUCGUAUCCCUCAUGGACGAUCAGGUUUCCGGCCUCCCCUCAGCCCUCAAAGCCGUCUGCAUCCAUUCCAACCUCUCCCAGUCCCAGCGGGAAGCAGCCAUGGAAAAAGUCAGGAGCGGCAAAGCCCAAAUCCUGCUGCUUUCCCCGGAAUCUCUGGUGGGAUCGGGAUCUUUUUCCCCUUUUUUCCGGGAUUUCCCUCCCGUGGCUUUCGCCUGCCUGGAUGAGGCUCACUGCGUCUCCCAAUGGUCCCACAACUUCCGGCCCGCUUACCUCCGGAUCUGCAAGGUUCUCCGGGAGCGCUUUGGCGUCCGAUGCUUCCUGGGCCUCACGGCCACGGCUACGGCGGCCACGGCUCGGGACAUGGCCCAACAUUUGGGAAUUCCUCCGGAAAACGGGAUCGGGAUCCGUGCCGCCGGAAUUCCCGAAAACCUGCGGCUCUCCGUGUCCAUGGAUUCCGACCGGGAUCAGGCGCUGCUGCGGCUGCUCCGAGGGCGGAAUUUCGGCUCCGCGGAUUCCGCCAUCGUUUACUGCACGCGCCGGGAAGAGAGCGAGCGGCUGGCGGCGCUGAUCCGCCGGGAAUUCCCGGGAAUUCCGCCCCCGCGACACCCGGAAAACACCGGGAAAAAACAAAGGAAAGGGAAAAAUCAGGAAUUUUGGGUCUCGGCCGCGUACCACGCCGGGUUGGCGCCCCGGGAACGGCGGAAAAUCCAACGGGAUUUCAUGGAAAACCGGAUCCGGGUCCUUUGUGCCACCAUUUCCUUCGGGAUGGGGUUGGAUAAAUCCGAUAUCCGGGGAAUUAUUCAUUACAACAUUCCCGGGAAUCUGGAGAGCUACGUGCAGGAAAUCGGGAGAGCCGGAAGGGACGGAAAUCCCGCCCGGUGCCACCUGUUCCUGGAGCCACAGGGCCAGGAUCUUCUGGAAUUACGCCGCCACAUCCAUGAGAAUUCCGUGGAUUUUUUGGCUGUCAAGAUCUUGAUCCAAAGGGUUUUUGCUCCUUGUAAAUGCCUGGAAAUCCAUGGAAAAAACCAGGAAAACUCCAAGGAAACCCCGGAAUUCCCAAAAAAUCCCCGGAUCUGCCGCGGCCACGAGCGCUGCAUCCCCAUCCAGGAAUUGGGCCAGGAUCUUCUGGAAUUACGCCGCCACAUCCAUGAGAAUUCCGUGGAUUUUUUGGCUGUCAAGAUCUUGAUCCAAAGGGUUUUUGCUCCUUGUAAAUGCCUGGAAAUCCAUGGAAAAAACCAGGAAAACUCCAAGGAAACCCCGGAAUUCCCAAAAAAUCCCCGGAUCUGCCGCGGCCACGAGCGCUGCAUCCCCAUCCAGGAAUUGGUGGAAACCUUGGAUCUUCGGGAAGAGGGGAUCGAGACCCUCCUGUGCCUCCUGGAGCUCCAUCCCAAGAAAUUCCUGGAGCUUUUGCCCUCGGUCCGUUCCCGCUGCCGGAUCCGAUUUCCCGGGAAUUCCGGGGCGGCGCUCCGGGAAGCGGCGCGGGGGUGCCCCCCCUUGGGAUUUCUCCUGGCUCGGGAUCCCUCUGGAAGUUUGGGAAUUUCGGGAUGCCUGGAAUUCGACGCCGUGGCCCUGAGCGAUUCCGUGGGCUGGGAAUUCCAGAGGCUCCGCCAGAGCCUCAGGAGGAUCCCCUGGGAAUCCCGGAAAGCAGGAAAAAACUCCGGGAUCCAGGUGGAAUUCCAGGAAUUCUCCUUCUUCUUCCGAGCCUACGGAGACCUGGAUUCCCGGGAAUUGGAUUCCGUCUGUGAAUUCCUGCAUUCCCGAGUGCUCUCCCGGGAAAAGUCGGAGCUGCGGCGGCUCCAGCGCUGCUUCCGGGCCUUCCAGAG